UUGUCACUUGAGUUGGAGAAGAAUAUUUGCUUACAGGCAGUGUAACAUUAAAGUAAUCUGAGGCAAAUGGUUUUUACUCCCCUUACAUGCACACAUCCAAAAACAUACUGAAAAGGACAUGAGUAAAUAUGAUUUAUAUGGUACAUUCUUCUAUCUCUCCUGGAUUCCAUCAGUUUUAUCAUUAUGAAAAUAGUCUUAAAGAGCAAGAUUCUCGAUGCAAAGGCAAUUAAUUUUGGAGUUUCCUAUCCCCUAUUUCUCUGUAAUACCAUUUAUUCAAUGUUUGAAAUUUGUGUACAUCCAACAAAUCACAAUAAAUGUCCAUUAAUUUUCCCCACUGUUCUGGAAGCAUCUGUCUUGUGAUGGUGUGACUAAUGUGUAGUGUUCUACAUCUAUUAAACAUGAAAUUGGUAUUUAUAAAUUCUGCAUAGGACAAACUGUCCUGCCAGUAUGACAUUGAAAUCUCCUUCAUGAAAUGUACAUGCUAUCCAGAUUUUUUAAAAAUAGUUUUGUCAAGAAGGGUUUUGUUUGUGUGUGGUUGUUUCUAUUUUUGUCAGUAAAACAGAAAAUAUUUUUGAAGAAAUUCAGAGAAUUAAUUGACUGGUUAUUCCUUUUAUAAUAAAGAUUAUGGUGAUAUUUUGCAUGUUAUGGAGUUCAAUAUGCCCAUUUUGUUCUGUGGAUGGAAACGUGUAAGGGUAUCUAACACAGGUCAAGUAUAACUACUAGGUAAGCCAGAAAUGUCUCCAUGUUGCUUGCAUUCUGUUUGCAUAAGAAAGUAAAUACCUUAAUCUCUUCCAUGCAGAGCCACUGUCUCAAAGGUGCACUUCAAAGCACCCUUGUUGGAAUUCAGACUGUCAGUGUGUGUGUAUGCAAUCAUGCAAAGAUGACAAGGGCAAGAUGGCACAAAAUACUGGGGUCCAGCAGUCUGGAAUGGAGCACAGGACACAGCUAUGUUGCACAUGUUUCUGCUGUUCUUGGAAAGGCAUAAAGACGCUUCAAGCAAUCAUGCCAGUCAACUGACCAGGAGGUGAUAGUGCAGGCUCCUUGGCUUGGAAAUGGAGAAGAUAUUUCCCCCAGAGCCAGAGAUGAGCACCACUUCCAAGAGCCAGAAAUGAAAGGAGAAGCCUUUGCCUUUAUCUGUGUAUGCGUGUCUCAUUGUAUUGUAACAAGGCAUUGAAUGUUUGCCUGUAUCUGUUUAUGUAUACUGUAAUCCGCUCUGAGUCCCCACGGGGAGAAGGGCGGAAUAUAAAUAAAGUGCCGUUAUUAUUAUGAUUAUUAUUAUUGUUACUGAAGUUCCAGCUAACACUCAAGCCCCUAAGUCACUUUGUCUUUCAGAUACUGGGUUUUUCAUAUAUGAUUCCCCUGCUUGAUUCAGUAGAGUAUAGUAUACAAGAUCAGGAGGCACCAAAUAUUGGGAACAACAGCACAGUGUUACAGAUGGAACUGAAAUAAUAAAACAAGAACCCAUUAAAGGUCAGAAGAACAACAAGAAAUUAGCUGGGGAGAAGGAACUAAAUGAACAAUUUUUUACACUUGUGCAAAGGGCUUGGAAAAAAAUAAAAUGAACUUAGAUGGUUAUUGAGGUCCCAUCCAACUUUAUGAUUAUAUCAUCGUAUGACCUUGUGAAAGAUGGUGAAGUCAUGUGAAUUUUCUAUUCAAUAAGAAAAGAAAGUUAAAAUUAAAUCACUAUUAUUUCUUAACAGCAAACUGCUAUAAAAUCCAAUUUCUCAUUACAGACCUCCAAGCAUGCAGCCUCAGCUGCCUUAAGCAGAGUUGUUGCUUAAGUAAAAUACUGUAAACUGGGCUGAAUUAACAGUGCAACCCUCUUACAUGGGAAGCGGUUCCAGUAAACUAAUCUGACUUCCUUCUAAAUUGCAUACAUAGAAUUGUGACAUAAGCGCUAUUAUGCUUGCUGGUUUCAUCUCAGAAGUAUUUUAUUUGUUUUUAUUCCCAAAUUGCACACUGCACCUUAGUAUAAAAGAUCAGUUUGUUUGGAUGCAGCAUCACUGCAAUGCAGCACAACUGCCUUGUCUGAGAAUAACAAUAAUACAGUGUAAACCAGAUGCACAGUAGACACUUUAGGAUUGUUCCCUCCUUAGUAGAAGCAAUUAUUUAUGUACCUCUCUAAGCAUUGUGCGCAGUAGUCAUUUAAUAUGACAGUGAAGUAAGAACAUGAUUCUCUUCCCACAGGAAAAGAGAAUGCAGAUGAACCCAUCUCAGCAACUAGAGUUGUUUUCAUUGUGAAAAUAAAAAGUUCUUUUAUCAUACCAAAGUCCCAGCAAACAGUCAUAUAUCCUAUAAAAUACAUUUUAAAAUGCAUUUUAAUCUAUCAAUCACUUAUUCUGUAUAAGCAAAAUCCAGGUUGAUAAGCAACAUUCAUGGUAAGAUACAAAAGUAGAAGUAAACGGAACUACCUUCUACUGUCACAUCCAGAACUUAGAUGUCUUAUUUUUUACUACAAUUUCCAGAAUCCCUAAGAAGUAUGGUUGCUGGCCAUACUGACAGAGGGAACUUGGGUGCUGUGGUCCAAAAAUUACCUUUCCAAGAUGUUGACAAAUGACAGACCCCCUUUCAUGCAAUAAUGCAAAUGUUAGAUCAGGUCCAUACAUUCGCAACACCAUCCAUCUCAGAUCAAAUGCAACCAUGUAUUGUUAAUUGUAAAAAUCUGAUUUUGAAUCUCUAUAUUCAGCCAUCUUAGUGCAUCCUUUCCCCUUCUUACUAUGGGGCCUUAUCUUUAACACAUAUUUGCCAUAUCAUCUCUGUGAUAGAAAUUGCUGUACAGUUGGCCUCUUCUUUACACGAAUUGGAUUCAAUCAUCCAUGGCUUAAAAUACUAUUUUUAAAAAUCCCAAAAGCAAAGAUUGAUUUUGCUAUUUUAUAUAAUGGACCAUUUUACUAUGCUGUUGUAUAUAAUGGGACUUGAGCAUCCUUGGAUUUUGGAUUCUGUAGGGAGUCCUUGAACAUAAACCCCAAUCAAUACCAAGGGCCCACUGCACCUAUUGAAUGAAUGUUACCUGGGCAUAUUGGUGACAAUUUAGUUUGAAGAUUCUGCAGUGAUUGUGCUAAUUUUUACAAAACAAAAUCCAAAAACAAAUAUAUGUAUUUUAAUUUUUUUAUAUUUGCCACAUAAACAACUUGAGGUUUAACAUUUUUGUAGGAAAACAAAAAUAAAACUGACACAUGCGCUCAUGCAUAAAUAAGCCGAUAGUCUGCUCUUACUAUGGUCUAUGAUCUGUGUUUUCCUUAGAAUGUGGGGAUACAGACUUGAGCUAAUUGUACCAUGUGUGUAUCUCAUUUUUAUAUGUGAGGUACAUUCAUAUAUAAAGAUAAAAAGGAAAUGACAAAUAUAUAUGAAAAAGUAUUUGUUUCAAUUAUAAAUACUAUUUCAUAUAUAUUUUUAUUAUACAACUUCUGGUUCUUAUUUGCUUCCACAAGCAAUAUUAUGCUGGAUGUAAUAGUAUUUCAGAAAUGUAUGAAGAGGCAGGUUUUUAAAAAUGUUUCUGUGAAUAUUUUGUCAAAACACAAUAUCUGAUUCUGCAGUUUAAUUUGUGAGUUGAUUCAAAAUAUCUAUCACUCACCAAAUUCUUUAUGCAGAGCUAUCUCCUUUUUUAACUUUGGGGAAAAUGUGAAUGGGCUACACAGUAUGCACAGGUAUUGGUUAAGUGAGACAAGUUCUUCCAGUUGUAUCCAAAGUCAUACAUGUUAGGAUUCCAGGAGACCCAAUUUUGAAUCCCUACUGAGCCAUGGAAGCCCACUGGGUGACCUUGCAGAGGUGAUACUUGCUUUAGCAUUAGAUGAAGGCAAUGACAAACCUCCUGUGAAUAUAUCUUACCAAGAAUGCUCUAGAUAGGUUAUAAGAAAUCAAAGUUGACUAGAGAAAAAAUUACAGUAAUAAGGAGACAUUCAAGAUUCACACUACAGUAACACUGGCAACUUAAAUAUAGACUGGAGCAUAUUAGACCACAAAAAUACAUCUCUUAUUUUUGCAUAACCUGGAUUGAACAGAAAGUGGAAAUGGGACACUUAACAUUUUUUCCCUACCAAAAUCCUCAUCAGUCACUUCUCCAACAUCUCUUUGCAAGAAGAAAGAUCUAAUCAGUGAUAAUUGGCUGGGAUUGAAUGCAUUUGAAAGAAUGCUUGGCACGUGGGAAGUGUUAAAGCUCCUUUCACCAAAUCUUCCUGAUCCAUUUCUUCUCUUCCUCUCUUUGCUAAAUAGUUGAACAACAUCAAAUGGCAUUACAUCUACUUUGGCCCAAAGACAAAAGGAAGAAUUACAAGAGUUGUACUUCAAUAGAUCCCAUGACAGUUUCCAUUUAAGGAAUUCUUGUUAGCAGAAUCCAUAUUUUCAAAUUUUGAGUCUGAGUAACCACAACUGCUAGGGACCAUGUGGAUGUUCACAACUUCCUUGAUGAUUAGGGGCAAACCAAAAGUUUUCAUGUUAUUUUGAUAUCACUUUCUAUUUCACCUUGUUCCUAAAACUCUUGGUGUAUAUUGUAUUUGUAUGUUUAUGUUUGUUGUGGCAUUGAAUUAUUGUCAAUCUGGAAGCCACUCUGAGUACCCUUUGGGUGAGAUAGAGCAGGGUAAAAAUACAACAAAUAAAUAAAAUAAUAAUUGGUUAUUGGUUACAUUUCAAAAGACAGAGAAAGAUGGGUAAGUAAGCAUUUCAUUUCAAUUUGACCAAAAUGUAUCACCAUUUGUAAAAUUCAAACAUGGAAAAAAGUGACGGGAAAAUGUGCUUGGGGAUGCAAGAGCCCUGUUUUACUUGCACUCCACAUCAAAUGUGUUCUUUGUUAUCUUUCCUACUUUUGCUGUUUUGUUAUCCAUCAUAAAAAGGCCAAAGGUGGGAUCAUGAUCAAAUCUUGGCUUGAAUGUACUUGCUACAAAUUUCUUCAAAAUGUAAUACCAAGAUCAUUUGAAAGAUAUCAUUUGGGGUGGGUGUGGGGGUUCAGUGACUCCUACAACAAUACCUGAAAUCAGGGCCGUAGCCAGAAAAAAAAUUCGGGAGGGGUUUUGAAAAUUUCAGGGGGGGGGGGUUAACCCCUAGCACACACCCCUCCCCGCUACAAACCUGUCCAUAUCUGCUUGAGAUAGUGCCUGGAGGGACUCUUAAUGUUUUGUGUCUCAUGCAAUAAAAUGGUGCUGUUUAAAUAAUGAAAAUGCAUAAAUAAUUACGCAAAGAGCUAUGUCAUCUUUACUUCAAAAGGUCACUGACUUUUGUCCAGGGAGAGUAUGUAAGUGUAUGCAUUCUUGUCUGAGAGCAAAUGUCCGACAUAAAAUUUAAAAUGCAUAAAAAAGAACAAUUUCUCCCAUUUCACACAUUAGAAAAAUAUCUGUGAAGUAUGUGUGGAAAUUGAAAUGGCCUUAUUAUACCACUUCACUGUACUAGCACUAUUUAAAGAAUUUAUAGUAGCUUUUGGAAAUCAAAAACAGGAAGCUGAUAGUUUUCCUGAGUGAUUGAAAUCACAGUGGUGACUUUGCUAAAGAUAAGAAAUAGAUACAGAAACUCCCAGCUAAAUCCAAUAUGUUAUCUUAAUAACAACCGACGUAAGCCUGAAGACAAGAAUCUGAAGGAUAUUAUAUUUUUAUUGCUGUGCUGUGGUUAGCAUAUUGUUUGGAGGAAUAACUACUGAAGCCUAUUUAAUUCUGGACGAGUAUGCUGAGGACCUCUGAACUGGCAGCUGCUGUUUAUUUUUAUAUAUUUUAAAGAACACCCUGCCCUUAACAACAAGUCUUGUUACUAAACCUUCACUGCUUCAUCAAGGAUGAUUUGUCUAGGAGAAAAGAACCAAGUGCUUUAGCAUUUCAUGUACUGAAAUGUGUAAUCAGUCCAGAAAAAUGCCCCCCCCCCCCCGCAAAGGUGGUAUUGAAAUGUUCAUUUCUCUAAAAUAAGAGAGGAAAAUUGGAAUAAUUCUUGAAACUUGAGAUAAGCAUGCUAAAUGUGUAUUGUAGGGUUACAAUGGAGCUUAUAAGCACCAGAUGCAGCCAUGUUUUAUCCAUUCAUGCAUUACAAUGUUUCUUGGUUAAAUUGUGGGACAGGUAGAAUAUUCUCUUACUGCCUGUUAUUAGUGGCUGUUGUCUGUCUCAUGAAUCAGCCGUUUUUGAUAACUACCCAUAUUACAAAGCCAGAUUUUCAGCAGUAUAUACUAAAUGACCUGAUGCAAAAGAAUACAGCACUCCAUCACUCUGAAGUAUUAUGAAGAAGAACAAACAUUUUGGAUCUUUUACCAGAGAUGUAUGAUCCAAGGAAUGAGACUGAAAAGUGUUAGAUGUGUAGAACCACACAUUUAUGUGGGUUUCUCUGAUGUUGCAUCUUAAGGAAAUAUCAUCUGGAAAUAAUUGUGCUUUGAUUUGGAAGCCCUUACAAGAAAUGAAAGAAACAAGGAAAGGAACUGAGUCUUUAGGAAAGUAGGUAUAGGGUAAGAAAGCCAAAGUGACUUGAUGGGUUAUGGAAGUAUAAAAAUGUUUUUUUCAUUGUAUGAAGAAUCUCAGAAUGUUAUUGUCAUUGCUGUUCCAUUCUGUUUUUUAAAAAAUAUAUUGGGUUCCAGUAUAAUUUCUUUUAUUUCUCCACAGAAAUUUAUGCAUGUGUUUUUGUGCAUUUUAUUUCAAAAUAUCCACAUUUUGUACAUUGUAACCUACUUUUGUGCUCAUGUACCAUUAGUUAAAGCAUACUUGUAUUCAUUUGUCAUACAUUUACAUUUCAAACGUAUACAUAAAUUCACUUGUUUUCCUUCAAAAAGCCACAUAGGCCACAUGAACACAUGGAGCUAUGAGGCAAGGUGGAGUUCAUUCUGCUGCACCAACACAAGAGAUGCCAAAUAGUAUAUUUAUCCCUUUGUAUCUGUGGAUUCAGCCGUACACAGAUUCAAACCAUCCACAACUUGAAAAUAUUCCAAAAAACAAAACAAAUCCAAGAAUCAAACCUUGAUUUUGCCACAUUAUAUAAGGGAUACCAUUUUACUACACCAUUGUAUAGAAUACGAUUUGAGCAUCCAUCAAUUUUGGGAUCCACAGGGUCCUGAAACCAAAGCCCAGUGGAUACCAUGAGCCCACUAUAUUUCAAUACUGCUGAAAUGUCUCAUUGUUGUCCGUUCCUAGCUUUGUAUGGCUCCUUGGCUGGACAUUCUCACUAGUAUCUCAUCAAACUUCCUAGAAACCUUGAUCUGCUAAAUAUUUUAUGGAUUUAAUUCAUGAAAUAGUUAAUUUAAAACACAGAAAUGUGUUCACCUUGAAUGUUGGGUCUGUAUCCACAGAAUAUUUCCAGUGACUUAUAGAUGUUCCGGGUUUUGUAUUGAUUUCUCAGCAAUACUGAUUUGUCUGUUUGUUUAAGUUGUCUAAAGAAACUAGACAACUCUGUGAAUAAGAGAACUAAACUGCUCCAUAAUUUGUAUCUGUUAUCUUUUUUGCUGACAGAAAUAUCUUUGACUAGGGAUUCCAUUAGUAGAACAGAGAGGAAGACAUUUUUCAUUACUCCGUCCUUCAUACUGUUCACUUCUUCCAGUAAUGUUUCAAAGGGACUUCUAGCCUUCCAGUUCAGAUUUUGGGACACAUGCAGGAAACAUUUGGAGAUGGAAGCCCCCGCUAAAUCAAACAGACUUUCUUCAACCAAUUGGAUAAAACAUGUAAUGCACAUCUAUUUAGUGUUUUCUCUGUCACAGUGAAAUACAGCCUUUCAAAUUGCACCAAAAUACAGUAGUAGGCUAGAUAAGAGUGCUGAUGUUCUAUAUUCAAAGUUGACUUACUUACUAAAUCACACAGAUUUACUAACUGCAGGUAGAUAGCAAAUAGGCUACUAAUCUUCUAGGGCAUCAAACAGCUGUGUAUAUUGCAUUUACCGGCUGUGAGUUAGACUUUUAAAGGACUGUUGUUUCAGAUCUUGUCUUAAGGAGCAAAUUAAUGACUCCAGACGCUGUACUGCAUGCUUAAUGGACUGCAGUAAAGUCUGCUUUGAUGCUACUGUAGCCUGGGGUGAGCAAUACUUUUCAUAUACUUUAGGGAUUCUUGCCUCCUGGGAUUUCUUUGCAUGUUCAUUAUGCAUAGCUAACUUAAUUCCAAAUUCUUCAGAGCAAAAGAAAAAUAUAUAUCUUUGAUAAAACUUCAUGUAUAGUUGCACGAUACACCUAAUUCACUUUGAGAAUAUAUGUACAUCUAAAAAGGUUAUACACAGAGGUUACAUGUGGGAUCAUGAACUGGACACAUAUAUCAUAUGUAUUCCAUACAACAUCAUUGUAACAAUUGCACUUUCUGCCAGAUUGUUUCCUGGGACAAUUUAUAGUACUUCAGGCUGCCUGAAAAUUUUUGCUCUCCUACAAAAGAUUGCUCAGGCAUCAAGAUGUUCAGGAGAAAUCAUUCUUUCACUCCCACUACCCUCAAAAUCGUAUAUGGUGGAAAUAGAAGAGACAGCCUUCUUGGUGGAUUCUCUAAGGCAUCGAAAAUAUUCUGUGUAGAGAAGCAAGGAUAUCUCCUUCCAUUUAUUCUUGUCCUUUUUUCCUUUUUUAAAAAUUAUAUUUUAAACUAUUUUUGUAGACAGUUUAUUUUUUAAAUAACUUUACAUGUAUAUAUCUGUAUGUGCUUUUUAUCUAUCUAUCAGAAUUAUUGUAAAGAUGGAUAUAAAUCAACCUGAGCACAGAACCAUGGUAUGGGGUAUAGUAUGCAUAUACAUAUACUAUACUUAUCUGUAUAGUAUGCAUGUUACACUGUGUAUGUUUAUUCAAACCCUAAAGUAGAUUGUAAAUUAUUAAAGCAUGAUUUAAGCUGAUUGAGGACUCAUAUGUUUUUAGACUAACUAUCCUUUUUAAUGUUCCUGUCAAUAACUUUUCAUAACCAUUCUAAUUUCCCUACUAAUUAUGUCUGCUCUAUAAUUAAUCACAACAUAUUUAAUAGUGAGAUUGUGCAUUUGACAACUUUGGUCUCUUGUUUAUAAUGAUGAUAAUCUUCACAAAGCAAUACAUUCUGACAUUGAUUUACUGGGUUUCCUGAAUUGUACUGUUGUUUGUUGUUCCCAAGGGAAGUAGGGUCAGACACUAUCCUAGUCCAUGGGUUUGCAUAAUGCCCCAAAUGCACCAGAUAUCACCUGAUUUUGGAAGUUAAGCAGGACCAUCUAUAGCUAGGAUCAAUGAAAAUCAGGUACUAUAUUUCAAGGGAAGAAACAUUUUUUUUCAUGUCAGGAGCAACCGGAGUUGCUUCUGGAGUGCAAGAAUUGGCUGUCUGCAAGGAUGUUGCCCAGGGGACGCCCGGAUGUUUUGAUGUUUUACCAUCCUUGUGGGAGGCUUCUCUCAUGUCCCCGCAUGGAGCUGGAGCUGAUAGAGGGAGCUCAUCCGCAUUCUCCUCGGGUGGGAUUCGAACCUGGCAGCCUUCAGGUCAGCAACCCAACCUUCAAGUCACAAGGCUUUUAUCCCCUAGGCUACCGGAGGCUCCUGGGAAGAAACAUGGAAGUAUUCUUUACCUAAGAAAAACCCAUGACAUUUAUGGGGUGACCAUAAGUUGAUGAGCAACUUGGAGGCACAUACACAUUCACCUUCUAAAAUAGCAAUUUCAGUUUCUUCUAUAUAAACUGUAAUUUGUCUUGGAAAAAGUGAUGCCAGUCAGAGGGUUUUAUAUUAUGUUACCUUAGUUCCUGUACAAGGAGAAAGGUGGGGUAUAAAUUUAAUUAAUACAUUUUAAGAUUUCUUUUUGAAAAAUUGAAGUUAUUUCCAUGUUCAAUUGCAUCUCCAUUUUAUUGAAGAAUGAAAUUGGAAGGAGAUAUGAAGGUAGCAUACUCUUGUCAGUUUCCUCCCCCUUUUUUCUGCCAGUAGUAGUGCUAGUUGGUGAUUGCCACCUCUUCUCAAUAUGCUUUAGAAAAUGACCCUGCAUUUUCAUUUAGCAAUAUUUCCUGGAUUUCUAUGAGUACAGUGGCUGCCUAACCCUCCCCCCAAUCCGUUUGUGUCCUUCUGAAAAAAAUACCAAUAUACCCCACCCCAAUACCCAUACCUGACAAUGGAUUUAGAAAUAUCAAAAAGAGGACAUUUUGACUAAGCCCUUCUGCUAAAAUAUAUUGGCAUGAGCCCUGUAUUCUACAAGAAACUGAAAAUAACCUGAAGUAAUGAAAUAAUGCCAUGUGCACCAAACAUAUGUUGGAUUUAAGGAACCAGGAGAAAUGGACUGCUAGCAUAGUACAGGUGAGGUGCAAAAUCCUCUCUUCCAAUUAGCAAAAUGCCACCUUUACUUUAUGAAGGGCACCUUUGGAUUCAACCUAUUAUUUUAGUGCUUCAUUAUUCGUAAAGCAAAUAUUUACAUUAAAAUUCAUUACUAUCUAUGCACUAUAUAUCUUAAAAGAAGUGUUCGCAGCUGCAAAAGGUAAUAUUUGUUCUAUAUAUUUAAAUAAAGGCAUAUUUACUUAGUUCCAAUUAUUUUCAGCAAGAAAAAAAAUCGCACAUUCCUAUUGAAUUACAAUAUUUUAUAUAUUAACACUCAAAUGUUCUUGAUAUUUUAUUUGAUGGUGUGAUCAGGGCACAGUCUUAACCACAGUGCGCAAUCAUUAGCCAAAAAAAUUAACCUUAUAGAGGAGAAUAAUGCUUGGAUUGGAUUAGAAUGAUUAUAAAUACUUCUGUUUCUCCAUUAUAAAAAUGCUCAUUAUUAUUUCUCUGCUCUGUUGACCUCUGUUCACAUCCACCACUUUUUGUGUGUCUCUUUGGUUCAUUUGUCAUAUCUCAGUUCUGGUCCAGUGAAUGGGAUAACCAAGGGGCAAAGUAGGAACUGAAGUUGAGAGUGUGUUUGCCAAGAAUCUUUCUUCCGCCAUAAUUGAAUCUACAUGAACCAUGAUACUUUUCAAUACUCAAAUUAAAAAUGUGAUUCCUAUUAAAAUAUGAAUUCUAUUAUACAGAUCUGAUUUCUUAUUCCAUUUAUCUAGUAUUGCCUCACCACUAGAAGAAAUACUUUUUAGACUACAAAAUUCAAACCAGAAAAUGUGUUUAAACAUGCAAAUAAUACUAGAUGGAAAACUCCUUAAAUAAAUAUGUAAAUAAAUAUGUAAAUUAGUAUGAACUUGAAAAAGCUAGCAUAUGAAAUGGAAACAUUCUUUGAUGUGUUUUCAUUUCAAUUCUAAACAUUCUUAUGCAUUCUAGACAAAUACAUAAAAGCACACAUGCAAUUUUGAGGUCUGCAUCCUUUAUUAUUAUGAUGCUGAGUCAAGCUUUGUGUUAAAUGCAAUGCUUUAUGUGGGCAGGAAUGAUGAAACAUUUUUGCAAUUUACUCAACGUAACUUGAAAAUCUUACUCCGUUCCAAAAUUAGGGAAUGAAAUCAAGAUAGGCAACUUUGGCCUAAGAAUGGAUUAACUUUUAAAAAGUUAAACCAAUCUAAAUCAUGUAAAGUAGAUAAAUAUGUUGACAUUAAGCAGUGCAAAGACAGAGGUAAUCCCGUGAAAUCAAUUUGAGGAUGAAGCACCUUGGUUCAAAAUUGAGUAUGAGAUAAUGGCCCAUAGCUUCCUGAUGCAGCCAAAUUCCUCCAUUGAGAACACAGAAGAAAGUUACUGCCCGGUGGUUAGUUUUUUGUUUUUUGUAAUCUGCCUGGCAGUUUACCCAAGAUAUGCCCAAAAGGAGACCCUUCACAUGCUUUAUUAUCAGAUCCCUCAAUGGUUACCUAACUGUCUUGGAGGACAGUUAGAUAAAAAAUUCAUUUUGCAUUAUCAAAACCUAGUGUGAAGUAUGGAACUCAGAGAGAGCAUCCAUGGCAGAAAUGGAUUAUUUGCAGAUGGAAUUCUAAUCGUGUUUUUUUAAAAUACUAAGGAUUCUUCCAUUGCUGAAGCGCUGUUUUUGUAUGUGAUAGAUAAAUCUGUGUGCAUCCCAUCAGCAACAAUAAUUUUUCAAAGGCCAUAGAGUGAUAUAGGGGAUGUUCUGAAAGGAUUGGGAGGAGCAAACCUUCUGUGAUGUGAUGAGUCAAAGCGCAGUAUUUUCUGAAGAUAAGAAUCAUAGUAAUUGGAUGUGAUAAGGUUAGUAUGUAUUCUGUCUGAAAACAGUGUGCAUUCAGUUAUAAAAAAAACUACAAGAUAGAACUGAUAGAAACAGAAUACCAUAUUUUCUAAUUUGAUAAGGUCCCUAGAAACAGUUUUACCUUUCUUAGAAACAGAAAUUCUAGUUUGGACCCACGUGAAAGUGGAAGUCUUCCUUAUGCUAGAAUCUUUUAAAAUGGGUAAGGUUUGGGGAAAUUCCAGGGAUUCUUUAAAAAGCAAAUUGAUUAUGAAAAAGGCUACUUUAUGUAUAUGUAUUGAAAGUCACUGUUUUAUUUCCACAGGCUAUUCAUGUCUAUUUUUUAUUAUGAUAAUAAAAGGACAUAGUGAAUAUUCUGCCAAAAAAAAAACCCUAAUCUAAAAUUCAAAUUAUGGCCAAAAAUGACAAAAAGUUUGGGUGACAUAUAUUCGGAUGCAUAAAGAUUUAUAAUGGCUGUCAUAAUGUAAUAUUUAGGAUACAGAAAUAGGGUUAAUGGUUUCUGUAAUCAUCAUUAAUGAUCAACCAGAGGUUGCAAUGAAUCAAAGUAUCCACAUCUGACAUGAUGAUUCCUAUGAUAGUUUUAUAAACUUUUGAGGAAAUCAAGAGUACUUUUCAUCUUUCCAAAGUUAGACCUAGUUUUUUGAAUUGUUCUGUGGCUUCUUUGAAUAUGACCUCAUGCAUUACCAAGUGUUUUGUAUCUCUAAUUAGCCAGGCGGAAAUCCAAUUUAGAAACAUUCUAAUACUUUUCACCACCACUCUGAGGUGGUCUUCAAGUUCUGGAUUUAUAUUUGAAUUUAACAUAGUCCUCAAUAUCUAGUCUAAGUUAUCCAGUUUGAAAAAGUUAUUCACUCUAUAUCAAUGUAACUAGAAUAGCAAGAGCUACAUCUUUGCAGUAUCUUUGAACAGUUCCUCCAACAUAGCAGGCACAGUCUUUCAAACCUAUUUCAUAGCUGCUGCUAUUUACUGCAAAAGACUUGGUCAGUUUGGUAAUAGACUUCAAACAUGUCGAGGCUUUGGUUCUCUAGCUCACUAAAUGUUGUCUUUGCUCUGAUCGGACCUUUGAAGAUAUCCUAAGGAGAAGCAGUUGAGAUAAUUAAGAAACUGAAAAUCCCCUAAACCGGUAGUGAGUUUGAAACUGUAACAAGCUCUAGGCUAAGUGGAGCUUGAAAGAGAAUAACCAGCUGUGAUGGCAUGUAAGACAACUCCAAAACAGGCCAUCCUGUGCCUAAGAGAAAAAUGUAAGGAGAAAAAGAAAAAGAGAGGAAGGGUUAGAAAAUAUAUCUUUAUGUUCUAGAGUUUAAAUACUGUUAAAAUUGUAGAGUAAACUGGUCAUUGGUACUAAAAAAUUAAACAUCUUUGUUGGAAAACUCUGUUUUUCCAAUUCAUUUUGUUUGUUCUCUAUUUGCUCCUAGAAGUCUAUGAAACUUGAAAUGUGUUGGAUUUCAGAUUUAGGACUACCUGUAUUUGUAUAUGCAUACAUAGAAAGAUAUCUUGGAGAUGGAACCUAAGUCUAAACAAAAUUUACAUUCCAUAUUAUACCUUAUGCACUUUGCUCAAAAAUAAUUUUAUACAAUAUUUGAAUAACUUUGUGCAUGAAGCAAAAUAUGUGUUUGUACCAUCAGAAAGCUACUCACUUGAACAAUUUCUAAUUCUGGAGUAUUUCAGAUUUUGGAAAUCUGAAUAAGGGAUACACAACCUGUACUCUGUUUUUAUUUGGCAAGACAUCUCUUGGAGUCUAUGUUCAGUUCUGGUUACCUCAGCUGAAGAAAGGUAUUAACAAAUUGCAGAGAAGAAAAAUAACUAAGAUUAUGAAGGGUCUGGGAAAUAAUCCCUAGAAUAAGUGGUUGAGGGUGCUUGGUAUGUUUUGUCUAUAGAAAAAAAAGGCUAAAAAGGUGAUAUAAUUGCCAUCUUUAAAGAUCUGGAGAGAUGCCACAUGGAAGAUGAAGCCAAUUUAUUUUCUGUUAUUCCAAUGGUUAAGAACCAACCUAAUUCAUUUGAAUUACCAUAAAGGAGAUUCCUAUGAAGAGCUUGAUGGUGAUAACUGUUUAACAGUUAUAGAGAGUAUUGCAGAAGGCUGGAGACUUUUUAAUGGAAAUUGGAUACCCAUCUCUUCAGAAUGAUGUUGCUGUAGAUUCCUUCAAUAGUAGGAGGUUGGACAAAAAAAAAUGAAUAGUUUAGUAACAGUCUUCAAGCAUGCUGAGGCUUUGGUUUUCUAGCUCACUAGAUGUUGCCUUUACUCCGAUUGGGCCAUUAAGAUCUCCUUGUUUUCUGCUGCCUUGGAAACUAGGAAGUGGAACAGUGACUUCAAACUACAGAAAAGGAGAUUCCACCUGAACAUUAUGAAGAACUUUCUAACUGUGAGAGCUGUUCAGCAGUGGAACUAUUUGCCCCAGAAUGUGAUAGAGGCUCCUUCUUUGGAAGCUUUUAAACAGAGGCUGCAUGGUCAUCUAUCGGGGGUGUUUGAAUGCGAUUUUCCUGCUUCUUGGCAGGGGGUUGGACUGGAUGGCCCAUGAGGUCUCUUCCAACUCUAUGAUUCCAUGAUUUUAUGAUUCUAUGAUCCUGAGAGGAAACAGUUGAGUUAAUUAAGAUAUUGAAAAUCCACUAAGGUAGUAGUAAGUUAGCUUUCCAAUACUGCAAUUUUGCCUUCCAUUAAACUAUUCUGAAUAGAAAAGAAGUAGCCUUUUCAGUACAAUAAUUAGGUGGAACAUUGCUACCGUGUUUCCCCGAAAAUAAGACAGUGUCUUAUAUUAAUUUUUGCUCCCAAAGAUGAGUUAGGUCUUAUUUUCAGGGGAUGUCUUAGUUUUCCAUGAAGAAGAAUUCACAUUUAUUGUUGAACAAAAAAAUGAACAUUUAUUAUAUACUGUACAGUGGUUGUCAUCACAAGCUAGCAUAACCAGACAAACUGUGAAUCCUAUCAAGAAUUUCUUGUUACUACCAUUAUUUCCAUGUGCAACACUCUAUGGUACGUACAUUUAUCGAUCCUGCAUGCUUUGGUGUUCUGUUCGUUGGGCAUGCUUCCAAACAAAAACUUUGCUAGGUCUUACUUUAGGGGGAGGCCUUAUAUUUAGCAAUUCAGCAAAACCUCUACUAGGUCUUAUUUUCUGGGGAUGUCUUAUUUUAGGGGAAACAGGGUAUCACUAUUAGAAAUAACAACUGUCUCAAAGGGCAGAUGCUGUGAAGAGGCAACUGUGUAACACAGACUUCUUAGUUGUUCUUCCUGGAGCACUGGCCUUUCCUCUGUCCAGUAUAGAGGAAAAUACUUGGGCUGGAAGUAUGCAAUAGAAUGGCAUAGGUGGACCUAGAGUUUCCUGGAAACAUUUUUUGUGGGCUUCUCUAGGUCCUUCAGUGCUAUUCUGUGAUCUGCUUGUGCUGGAAUCAUAACAUAGAAUAGCACUAGGGGACCUAGAAAGGUUGGCUAACACCUUUGGGAGGGAAUAUUUUUGAAAUAUGGAUAAAUGAAACCAUGGAUAUUGAUAAAGGGGUCAUACUGUACCAUCAACUUCUGUACAGUGUUCCCUCACUUAUCACUGGGGUUAGGUUCCAGGACCACCCGCAAUAAGUGAAAAUCCGCAAAGUAGGAACACUAUAUUUAUUUUAAUAUUUAUACAUUAUUUUAGUAGUUGUACACUAUUUUAAGUCUUUAUCAACCAAUCGUGUGUUGAUUGCCGCUUGGGCUCCUUUUCUCUCCCUUCGGCUUCUCCUUUCUCCCUUUCAUAGGCUGUAAAUUGUAAUUUUUUAUGAUUUAUAAUAGUCUUUUAGAGUUUAUUGAAAAACCGUGAAACAGUGAAUUCACGAAAAGUGAACCGCAAAGUAGUGAGGGAACACUGUACAUAAAAAGGAACAUCUUGUCAGGCAGCAAAAUAUUUUGCCUUCUUUCAGCUGUGAUGCAUAAAUCAACUUUCUUUAUGUUGGUAUGACCAAAAAGUGACCUACCAUUAUAAAUUGAAAUAGGAACAGAAAUAAAAGUUAAAAUUGAAGUAAGUGUUAGUCCAUAGCACAGUCACAGAGGAGCCUGGGGAAAUAUAAAAUAGUAUAAGAACAAGAAAAUAAAGGUUCCUUCCAUUAAUAAAAAUACAUGAUGAAAUAUGCUUGUAGAUGCAAGUGUGCUGCUCCACUGAUUUCACUUGGAUUUUAUGAAUAGACAUGAGAGCACUCAAGCAUAUGGAGACAGCACCGUCAGCAAUGGUUAAUCUUGAUCAUUUUUUCAAAGAAGAAAUUAACACUCUCCAUGGAACAACUACUACUCGCACACAUUCAGUCUGUAAAGGGGCAGCUUUCAUGAACCAUAGCCAUAGGUACUUAACCAUGAAUAACUUGUGCUUGCAUAAUGACAUUUUUAGAUUUGAAUACUUUUUAAAUAAUUUUAUGGAUUUUAACUGUUAAUUUUUAUUUAAUACUAUUGAUGUUUAAUUCUAUUUUAAUAGUUGCAUAUUUUUGGAUUUUAAAUUGUAUUGAAAUGCUUUUAAUGUAUGCUGCUUUGAGUCUCCUUUGUGGAGAGAAAAAAUGGGGUAUAAAUAACCAUAGUCAUAUUCAUAGAUGUACCCUAAUUAGAAGGUGAAUAGAAAGUUAGCAUUGGGUUUCAGGCUCAAGGACUAAACAAGAGUUAAUUAUCAUUAUAAUUAGUAUUAAAAAGUAAAAAAUAACUUUUCAGCUUCUAAGGACUGCAGUAAUUUGAGGCAUGAACUGGCCUUUGAACCAUGUGAUGUUCCUCUUCUGUCAUUUACUGAACCUACACUUCCAAUAACUAUAAUGCAUACCCUACAAACACGGCAAAAGUCAUUAUGGGGAGAAGGUACUUUUUUGAUGGUCUUUAUGAUUAGAGAUCAGGAGGCUCUAUGUGUGGCACAAAAUGCCAGGAUAUGGCAUGUGAUGGGUGUACAUUUUUUGCACGCCUUUUGAUGAAGGGUGGGGUUAUAUAAUGGUUUCUAAUAAGUUAAGUAUAUUUAACCAAGUUGCAGUACAAAAAGUGUGGAAAAGGCAAAAGGAAGAAUAUACCAUAUACAGAUAAGUUUCUCAGAAAUUAUGUAAACCUGACAAUCAAAACAACUAAUGACCAAUGAGCUCAGCCAAGGUCCUUCUGAUUCUAUAUUUACUUCUCUGGAGAGGUAUGACUACCCCAAUUAAGUGCAUAGAGUAGUUUAAUAGCCAACCAGGGGUGGGAACGGUUCUUAUGAAAUCCCAAGAAGCCUUUAUUAGCAUGACCAAUGACAUGAAAGAAUGGGUUGCAAACUACUAACCCACCCUUCCAUGUCCCUUUCCCCAAUAAAUGAGGGCAGUCCUAGGGGCAAAAAGUGGCAUUCACUAAACAAUCAAUAGAUUUACUUGAUAACAAUAGUUAUGAUUAUUAUUUAAAAGACUUCAUUAGUCUUACUGCUUCAUCACAAUAGAGCAUGAAUCCACUUUAAAUUCGGUUUCUGCCUCCUGCAGAAUUCUGGGGUUUGUAGUAUGGUGAGGCCCAGGACCCGUCUGGCUGAACUAUUUAAAGCCUCCUCCCUAAAGUGAAUUUAAAAUGGAGCCAAGCUCUAGUGUGAUGAGGUCCUUUAUGUUAUCUGUCACGGGAAAACUGAAGAUGGCAGUAAGAAGUGAUGAUGGAUAAAAAAACAGUUUGGUUCCAAAUUAUUUCUGGUUGUGUUUUGUAGUUCACUGAAGGAGAGAGGAUUACAGUAUUGGGAUUUUCAACUACAGAAAAAAUUAUAUCAUCAUAAAACCUUAAUUAUACAGUGAAGCAAGAUCAGCAUCCACUUUCUGGAAUUUCCUUAAUUGACAAGUUUUCACAAAACAAAAGCUAGAUGUAUUAAGAGACUGAAAAUAUUUGUUAUCAAGGUUAUACAAGAAAUUCAUAGGUCUUUUCAACUCAGUACCUACAAAUAGGAAGGCCUGAAAUACUUCUGCUAUGACUACUAAAAAUAUUACAUAGCAUUUGGAGUAGUAAGUUGAGGCAGAUCAAGACUAAGGUAGAGGGAGUCUCUACAUUAGGGAAUUUAAGUCCAAACCAAGAGAGGUAUUGGGAGAAGGUUGUAGGCCAUCAGGGUUCUUUUCCCCCAAUGAAAAACAGUAUGAAGAAUUGGCAUUAACUAGGUUUGUGCAUUUUGGCUGAACCUCUAUGCAUUUUUUCCUGGCCGCAUACUGAUAGACCCCCAUAUCCAUUUUUGUGUGCCUCCUGAAAACAGACACACAGCUGGAUGGUGUUUUCAGGCUGCAGCUGAAAAAUACAGCUUAAUCCAGCCCAUUGGCUCCCUGGGCUCCCCUUCUCAUCAUUUUAUGCAAUUGCAUUGUUUGUACUUAUAUCCUUCAUUAAGAUCUGGAUUAAAAAGCAUCAGAGUGAAGAUACUACUUUUUCUGCAAUCCUUUACAUUUGGUCUGUAGAGGAGACCUGGGUUUUAUGCUUCGUUAAACUUUUUCUACUCUACAGGAGACAGUCGGCAGCGUGGGUGCUCUCCCCCUGCACACAGCUUUCUAUUAAGGCAUUUUAAGGAGCCUUCCCACCUACCAUUGGGAAGGCAGAGUAAUGACCUGGAGCUAUCCUCUGGGCUUCCUUUAAAAAGCCCUCUCUUUUCUGUUGAUUUGCACUGCAGGCCCUGCCUGCCCCCCCCCCCCCCACACACACACACAAACACACCUCUCUGCUUCGGAUUUAAUGCUUUCUUAAAGCUGUUUCUAUUUUCUACUCUAGAGGAGAAGUAGCUAAAUACACUGGUGCCAGGAUGCAACUGUGAUGCUCAACAGGGAGGGGGAGCGCUCAUCUGUAACAGCUGGGCCCUUACUGGUCCCUUCAGUAGAGGCAAAGCCGGUUUGGCCGAAGUAAAACAGCUAAAACAGAUCUGUGCACAAAUCUAGUAUUACCAAUACAAAUGUAUUAACAAAUGCACUUGGGCUGCUAAGUUGUAUCAUCUUUUAUCAUCUUUUAUUAUACUGUUAAUUCAUUCAUUUAUUAUUUCAUUUAUAUCCCAUGAUUAUGUCAAAAAUGCUACUGAAAGUUUUUAUUUUUUCUGAUGAUGUACAAGUUGUCAUAGUUGUGUUCUCUUUCUUCAUCAUGCUAGUAACAUUGGGGUGCAGGGGUAGUGUUCCGUCCCCCAGGACGAUGGUUUGCCUUACCUAUUGGUCGUUUGUUUGUUUUCCCUCCUUUACAUUUUGUCUGAGCCUCUGGCUGCAAAAGCCUAGGAAAAGUGGCUUGGAAUCUGCAAGAGCUGGCUGCAGUUUUCUUUGCAGUGAUUGGUCAAAGAAUGCAACAUCUUAGGACCGCCCUUUUUACCAGGGUCUAGUCUCCAUUUUGGAGCUUCAUUCUGGCUAUAGUCUUCCAACGUGCUGGAGCUGUGCAAGGCUAACUGGGACAAAUCAUCCUCAAAACCAGGCCAAUCUAAGCCUAUCCAAAUUAGAUAAGUAUUGAAUUAUAUUGAUCUGGAAUAGGAAAUCUAGUUAGAGGAGCAGGGUUAUUCUGUCGCUUCUAGAACUAAUCUUUGCUGUAAAGAUAGGGAAGGAAAGAGUUUCUCCUUCUAAUAUAGGCAGCGUGAUUAGGGUAUAGUGGUUUUAUAAUCACCUUUGCUUUCUGGAACCAGGGAUAAUUCUGUACCUAAAACCUAUAGAAAUUUGUUUCAUUUUCUGCAACUUUAAGAUCUGUGCCAGGUUUUACAACCUUGUAUGAAUAAACAUCCUUUUUGAAGUUAUCCAGACUCAGUCGUUCAAUAUCUAUAGGACAGCUUAUAGGGAUUUGCAGUUCGCCCGGAUAAAGGACAGCACGUUUCAGUUUUAUAGUUUUUUAUUGUCCGGCGGACGGCACAGUUUUGAGGUAGAUCAGCGGUUUUUCCGCUUGAGCUAGCUUGCACGGCUUAUAGUUUUUUAUAGUUUAGGAAGUUUAGUAUAGGCCGCGGCUUUUCCGCCUGAGCUCAGUCUGCAUACCUAAAGACUCUACCAGCGUCUGAGGCAGUGGAGCCCGCUCUCAGACCUGAAGGAGUCAAAUAGUGGGGCUCUAUUUCCUUGCUAUUUGGCUCGCGUGUGCGCACGUGGCCCAGUGGCUUUCUGGGUUUGCACAGGCUGUGCAGUUCCCAGCAACGUCCAGGGCUCCCUCGGCGGUAGACCUCGAGCCGCGGAGCACCAGCGACAGUUCUUUGGCUGGCUCUGAGGCGUGAAGCCCACCAGAACCAGGCUAGAACCUGGACAGGCCUGGCAACGCUGCUGUGAGUUCGGCCGGAGCACUUGGCCGGCUUCGACCUGCCUCAUGGUCCGGCGGUGGUGACCUGCCUCAUCGUCCUGCGGUGGUGACCUGCUUCAUCGUCCUGCGGUGGUGACCUGUUUCAUCGUCCUGCGGUGGUGACCUCCCUUCACAGCGGGGAGGAGGCGUCUCUUCUCUCCUCCUUUCCAAAGCCAGCUUUGGUGCUCCUUCGGCGGCAGGCCUCGAGCCGCAGAGCACGAGGUGCUUGAAAAUUUGGCGAAGUCGCCAUUUUGGCAGUUUACGUCACUCGGGCAAGGGAGGUAUCAAGUGGCAAGUUGCUGUCAGUUGGCAUUUUGCAGCUUGCCCACUAAAAUCUGGCGCCAAAGGUCACUAUCUUUGUAAAGUAUAGUUACUUAGUGAUAUAUAUUGCUAUGGUUAAGUGUUGUGCAUUGUAUUAUAUAUUGCAUUUGCUUUUAUUGUAAAUUUACUUGCUGGUAUGUUGUAUUUGCUUUUGUUGUAAAUUUACUUGCUAUUAAGAAUACAUAAUGUCUAUGCAAUUUCAAGAUGAUACAGAUGGUAUACCUCCUUCUGAGGCUGAAAGUAGGAAUGAAAGGCCCCAAAGGAUAAAGCACCCUUCAGCCAAGAUGCUAGCCCAUCUAAUAGAUGAAAAGGAGCUCCUCCAUGUGAGGUUAGGUUCGGCAUGGGAGCGAAUUGUAACAUUGAUGGACAGAAUUGAGAGCUUGGGUAUUACAAGGGUGCCAUCCAUAUUACAGACCGACCUUGAAGAGACCUUCGGUAUUUGGAGGGGUUUGGUGUCUAAGAUAGUCCAGGUCCUCGAGCGCAUUAACGCCAAGGAUUCAGAGUUAGAAAUAGUGAGUGUCUUAGCUGACACUAAUGAGAAAGAAAAUAAGGUGAGGGCAAUUCUAGAUGCCUUGGAAUUUAGUUCUCCAUCUGUUAAUCUAAGGUCUGAGCCAAAAGGAAAUCAGUCUUCCUUAUGCAGACAUGAGACCAAUCUUUUAAAAUCACCUGCUGUGGCACUUAGUCUUAAGUCCAACCGCUCUAGCCAGGUAUCUAAACUAAGGGAGUGUGCAUCAUCUAAACAUAGCCACUCUAGCAAGUCUUCUGCUGCUGGGAGUGCCAUCUCUUCCCUAGCUGCCUUGCACAUUAAGGAGGCUGCACGUCUGGAGCUAAAGAGCAAGGUAGCGGGGGCGGAGGCUGAUGCUAAGGCAGCUGAUCUCACCCUUCCCUUUAAAGAAGAAGAGCAACGACUGCAAAGCAAAAUGCAAAUAGAACAGGCCCAAAGGCAAUGUGAAAUAGAAAUGCUUAGAAUAAAGAUGGAUGCCGCAGCCAAAAGGGUAAGGGCUGAGACUUUGGCCAAGGCCCUAAUUGAGCCACUCACAGAAGAAAAUGUAAGUCAGUUGCCGAAGCAGGACCCUUCUUCCAAGGUGCUUGUGCAUCUUAAUAGCUUAAACAGCCAGUUUUCGGAUGAGGAACAGGAAGACUUCUCUCCUUACCCAGAGCAGGGCCCCAAAGUCACUUUUGAGUUUCCUGCAGAGCAGAGCGUCAUAGCGGGGAGCUCACCCUUGCCCGAGCUACCUGUGCCUCCUGCUAAAUCCCUAGGUCAGUCAAUCAGGGCCUCAAGGCCAAGUGCUAGUUGGCCCUUACAGACAGCUGCACAGGGAGCCACCGAUUCGUCAGUGGUCGAUGUCAUCCCUCCAAGAGGCCAAAGGUUGACGCAAGGUGCACGGUGGGAGUCCACUCCACAACAGCAAACUCCUCAAUUGUUCCCUUCGACGCCAGAGUCCCAGCUUGUCUCCAUCAUCAGAAGCCCCAGAAGAGAUCUUAAGGACAAGGGUGUCGAAAAGUUUUCGGACAAGCCUGAGGAAUUUCUUCUCUGGAAGGCCACCUUCCAGAGAGCAAUCAGAGACUUAAAGUUAUUGCCUGAGGAAGAACUGACUCUUCUGGCUGCAUGGUUGGGCCCAGCCUCAUCCUCACAAGUUAAGAAGAUCUACGCAGCCCACAUAGCCGAUCCCGACAAAGCCCUGGAAAAGGCCUGGGCCAGGUUGCAGCAGAGGUAUGGGGCCAGCACAGAGAUUGAAGCAUCUCUUAUGGACAAGCUCCAAAGGUUCCCAGCUUUGAAACUCAAAGACUUCAAACUCUUGUGGGACCUCAGCGAUCUCCUUACGGAAUUAGAGUCGGCCAAGGAGAAUCCAGAACUGCCCGGUUUGAAGUGCCUCGAUCAGCACCUGUCCCAGAGGCAGAUCUUGACCAAGCUGCCCUUCACUUUGCAAGAACGCUGGGGACAGGAGGUCUUCAACUACAAGGAGGCCCACUCCCAGGCAUACCCUCCAUUUUCUCAUUUGGUCCAGUUCAUCACCAGGGCAGCCAGAGAAAGGAAUGAUCCGCAGACGGGCCUCCCCACCUUAUACCAAGGGACCCAUCCAGGGAAGGCAUCUGAAGUGGACAAGAAACCACCUAGAGAGGCCAAUAGACCUGUCAGCGUAAAGGCAGUCGAAACUCAACACAAGACUGAUGAACCCAGGUCGGAGGUAAAAGAGUUGCUUUGCCCUAUCCACCAAAAGCCUCACAGCUUGGCCAACUGCAGGGAGUUUAGUAGAAAGUCAUACAAAGAAAGGCAACAGCUAGUUCAAAAGCAGGGAAUCUGCUUUAGAUGCUGUGGAGCAACUCCACACUUUGCGUCCAACUGCAAAGAAAACGUCAAGUGUGAGAAAUGCAACAGCCUCAAGCAUUGCACCGCAAUGCACAACUCCAGUGUCAUCUCCCACCCCAAAGGGAACGUUUCACCAAAAGAAAAGUCAGCAGUCGAAGACACCGACAAGCCAGUCGUACCAGAGAUGCAGGUGGAGGUUUCAGCAGUCGCCUGUACAGAGCUGUGUUCUGACUCGCACCAGUACAGAGUUUGUCAUCCUAUCUGCCUAGCGGAUGUAUAUCCAGCCAAGAGCCCUUGGCUUAAAAAGAGACUUUACGUGGCUUUGGAUUCACAAAGCGACGCCUCCCUGGCGACUCCAGAGUUUUUCCAACUGUUUGACAUAAAAACCCAGACGGUCGACUACACCAUGUCCACCUGUGUAGGGAAGAAGAAGUUGCAGGGUCGCAUAGCAUCCGGCUUUGUUGUCUCCUCUUGUGACCAGAAGAGACUGUUCGAGUUACCAGACCUCAUUGAGUGUUCCUCUAUUCCCCGGAACAAAAGGCAGAUUGUAACUAGAGAAGUUGUGGAGGCUCAUCCACACUUGCGAAGGCUGAAGAACGCCUUACCUGCUUUCCGUCCAGAUGUGGACAUUGCCCUUCUGCUUGGUGCGGACUGUCCGAACUUGUUCUAUGUGAACGACCAAGUUAAGGGACCUCCAGGGGCGCCCAUUGCUCAGCUGCUACCACUAGGCUGGACAGUUACAGGCCCAGUGUGCAUAAAUAGGAUGCACCCUCCAUCGUCGGUGGGCACUCGUCAAGCGCACGUGCUUCAAGGCAGUCGCCCCACACUAAUGCAUAGCUGUUUGAGUCAUAUCUCGGUCUAUUGUCAGGGGAUAACACCAGAGUAUUCUUCCAUCUUUGAAGUCUCCGAAAGGGAUGAAACUACAGCGCUUUCCAAAGAUGAACAGAGGUUUUUAGAGAUCAUGAACUCUCAAGUUUCCCGGAGUCCCGAGGGAAAUUGGAUAGCCCCUCUGCCUUUUAAAGCAGAAAAACCCACUUUGCCAAACAACAGGCAUGUGGCAGAAAAUAGACUCUGGUCACUGAAGAAGAAGAUGCAGAAAGACCCCAAGGUGUAUGUGGCUAAUAGAAUCAACAACAUUCUAUCCAGUUCUACGCCUAGCCAGUGGCACCAUGUCGCCACCAGCGACAACCCAGCUGACAUCGCUUCCAGAGGAGCUUCAACUCAACGAGUGUUAAGUUCAAGUUGGCUGACAGGCCCCAGAUGCUUGACCGAAGUCAAUUUUCCAUCAGCCUUUUCUCCCACCGAUAAUACAGAAUUGCUCGAGUCCGUUCCAGAGGUGAAAGUUUGCAAGAUGACCACAGAAAUCAAGAUGGGCCAAAGAUCUUGCCUGGAACCACACCGUUUUGAAUGUUUUUCGGAGUGGCACAGUCUUCUUAGAGCAGUUGCUAGGCUUAUACAUCGUUUAGCUUGCAAAGAUAGUGAGCCUUUACAGGUCCAGGAUAUGAUAAAGGCUAAGAGCGUCAUAUUCAAGUCAGUACAGAGAUCUGCUUUCAAGCAGGAAAUAGCUAGGCUAGAGCAAGGGCUCAACAUCCCUAAUCAAAGUCUUCUAAAUGAGUUAAACCCAUUUCUAGACAAGGAGGGUAUUUUGAGAGUUGGAGGAAGGUUAGCCAAAGCUAAACUCAAGGCGUGCAUAAAAAACCCCAUCAUCAUACCCCCUAAUAGUCACACUGCAUUGCUGCUCGUUCGGCAUCACCAUGAAAGGAUCCAUCAUCAGGGUAGAACUCUAACUGAGGCAGCCCUUAGAAAUGAAGGUCUGUGGGUAGUUAAUGCCAAAAGGUUGGUCAACAGUUGUAUUCUCAAAUGUGUUAAAUGCAGGCGCCUUAGGCGAAACUGUCAAAGUCAGUUGAUGGCAGAACUACCUCAGGAUAGGACUUUGACAGACCCACCCUUUUCCCAUGUGGGAAUCGAUGUGUUUGGUCCUUGGGAGGUUGUCACUAGGAAAACCAGGGGUGGUGUUGUAAAUAACAAGAGGUGGGCAGUUUUGUUUACUUGUUUAGUAAUACGAGCUGUCCAUAUAGAAGUCAUAGAAGGGAUGGACACUUCAUCAUUUUUAAACGCAUUAAAAAGGUUCAUAGCCCUCAGAGGGCCAAUUAAGUCAAUUCGGUCGGACUGUGGCACCAAUUUUGUAGGUGCGACCAAAGAACUCAAUUGUGUGUCUAGGUUUGGAAGAGACCCAAAGGUUCAGAACUUUACGAAUACUGAACAAAUUAUGUGGACUUUCAAUGUUCCUCACGCCUCCCAUAUGGGUGGUGUUUGGGAGAGGAUGAUUGGUAUUAGUCGCAAAAUCCUUAAUGCCAUGUUUUUGAGUCAUAGGUCAUUGACGCAUGAUGUUUUGGUGACACUUAUGGCGGAAGUUACCGCAAUUAUCAACAACCGGCCGCUGGUUCCCCUUACCAGUGACCCUGAGAACUUACAACCACUGACUCCUGCACUUAUUUUGACACAAAAGGUGCCAGGAUGGAAGGACGUCAUGUUGCCAGUUCCGGACGGAACUCACCGUGCCCUGUGGAAACAGGUGCAGUCCUUGGCCAACCACUUUUGGAAAAGGUGGAAAGCUGAGUACUUAAGCCAGCUUCAAGCUAGAAGAAUCUGGCAAAGCCCACAGGACAACAUUGAGGUUAACAACGUUGUGUUGUUAAAGGACAAAGACUUGCCCCGCCAUGCGUGGCCCAUGGGCAUUGUAUUAAAGACCUUUCCUUGCCCGGACGGUAAGGUCAGGAAAGUUCAAUUAAAGACUUGCAACAGAGACAAAGUGUCCAUUUUGGACAGACCAAUUAGUGACCUCGUGUUGCUUAUUGGAGAUGUUUAAAGUUCUAGUGUUUGUAUUGUUGUGUAUACAAAGGUGUUUGUAUGUUUUUGAUUGGUAAAUUCCCACAUCCUGGGAAUUUAGCGGGGAGUGUUCCGUCCCCCAGGACGAUGGUUUGCCUUACCUAUUGGUCGUUUGUUUGUUUUCCCUCCUUUACAUUUUGUCUGAGCCUCUGGCUGCAAAAGCCUAGGAAAAGUGGCUUGGAAUCUGCAAGAGCUGGCUGCAGUUUUCUUUGCAGUGAUUGGUCAAAGAAUGCAACAUCUUAGGACCGCCCUUUUUACCAGGGUCUAGUCUCCAUUUUGGAGCUUCAUUCUGGCUAUAGUCUUCCAACGUGCUGGAGCUGUGCAAGGCUAACUGGGACAAAUCAUCCUCAAAACCAGGCCAAUCUAAGCCUAUCCAAAUUAGAUAAGUAUUGAAUUAUAUUGAUCUGGAAUAGGAAAUCUAGUUAGAGGAGCAGGGUUAUUCUGUCGCUUCUAGAACUAAUCUUUGCUGUAAAGAUAGGGAAGGAAAGAGUUUCUCCUUCUAAUAUAGGCAGCGUGAUUAGGGUAUAGUGGUUUUCAUAAUCACCUUUGCUUUCUGGAACCAGGGAUAAUUCUGUACCUAAAACCUAUAGAAAUUUGUUUCAUUUUCUGCAACUUUAAGAUCUGUGCCAGGUUUUACAACCUUGUAUGAAUAAACAUCCUUUUUGAAGUUAUCCAGACUCAGUCGUUCAAUAUCUAUAGGACAGCUUAUAGGGAUUUGCAGUUCGCCCGGAUAAAGGACAGCACGUUUCAGUUUUAUAGUUUUUUAUUGUCCGGCGGACGGCACAGGUAGGGGAUAAUGUGAUUCUGUAUUUCAGCUGAACAGUCAGUGAACAGCACUUGCAUAUGUACUGGUAUUUCCUUUUAAAUAUGAUGAUAUGCAGAGAAAGAUCCACUUUCUUCAGUUUUCAGUGUCCAAGGAGCUGAAUAUGUGCUGGUAAAGUUUUAAGCUUUCCCUCUGUGCUUGUUCUUCAUGUGAAUGUGACAUAUCAGAAUAAGUCUUUGUCAGCUCCAACUUCUGUUAGACCUUGCUUUUUCAAGGCUAAGAACUAAUGUGAACAGACAUAAAUCGAAUUCAAUGUAAUUUUAAAGGCAGCACAGUUGCUUUCCCUUCACUCCACAAGGCUUUCUCUGCUCUGCACCUCAUUUCUCUAUCAUAUUACGGAGUAAGUGAGGACAAGCAGAUACAAGUAGUUCGGUCUUCCUUUAUAUUUAUAUUCUGCAUGGAGGAUGAUAAUCCUAUAUUUGGUUUAUAAGUUUUAAACUUAUUUUGAUGUAACGUUAGAAUAUAAAACAAUAUUUAAUUUCCUAAACUCCUUUUCAUAUUGGUGAAAAGAGUCUGACAUGCUUUAAUAUUGGUUUUACUCUGACUCUUCUAGCUUUUAUUGAUUUUUCUAAGACAGGAUCCACACCUACAAAAAUAUUGGUACCUACCUUGAUCCUGGUGUUAUUGGAACACAUUAUGUUUCUCUGUUUUCUUUUAGGCUUAAUGUGGCUUUUAAUUUUUUUACAGUUUAAGGAAAGAAAUUGCUUUAUUUACACAUGUGCCCUAUGCCCCAAAUUGGGAUUGGAGUAAAAUUAGGGGAUUUGGUGAUUUAGGGUAGAACAUGUUGGUGGGUGGUUAGGUAGAGGUCCAGCAAACCUGGCUUCACUAACAUUUUAAAAUGUUAAUUUUCAAAUUUGUGAAACUCUGAUCACUAGAAAAUGUGUGCUAGUAUUUUUUUGAAUAUUAUUUAAUUACAUUUUAUUACAUGAGUUUCUCAUUGGGACACAUGUUGUAAGGGGAUCAGGUGUGAGGGGGUAGGGAAGAUAGAUCAUUGGAUAUUGGGCUGGAGGACUGUAAGUAGAUCAGCUGGGGGGAAGGACGACUAUUUGUGCAUGCAGAUUUCUUUGUACAUGCAGAUUCUAGUUAAAAGCUACCCAAUGUGGGAGGUUUCAGACUUUUAUAAUGUUAGUGAGGAGUCUUUUAGGGUGAAUUGGUUAGGGUGGAGGUUCAGAUUUGGACAAGUAGGCUAUGUGUGAAGGAGCAGAAAGGAUGAAAGGGAUCCAUCCUAUUUUGAAAUGAAAUGAAAUAAAGUUGCAAUUACACCAGCAAGAAGAAAGGAGGGAUAAAGAGAAAGAUGGCACAGUUUAGGCUACAAUAUUGAAAUUUCCCAUAUUCAAUCACAUAUUGAGGGGGGUGAGAGGGAUUGAACAGGGGAGUCAUCCAAAGAGAAUGGAAGGUUAAUGGUGAGAUUGACAGGCAACCAAGAAAAGCUAUUUGUUAGUAGGUGUAUGCAUGCCAGAAAGACAAAAAUGCAGUUACUGUGAUCAUGUGAAUUAAAUAAUCAAAAUGUUUAAAAUGUGGACAUGCCAGCAAUGUCCUUUUGUACUGAACUGACUUCAGGAAGGGAGCUAUUUAGGUUUUAAGACCUAUUUGAAUUUGGAUUUAAAUGUGUGAGCUUGACAUAAGUGGGGACCAACUAGAGCAGAUAGUGCUCACUGGAGCUGGGGUAUAUAGGAAUUCAGCCUUGGAAAUUUAAUAUAUUUGACAUGGUUUCUUAAUACCAUGCUUUCCAUCCCUGCAUUUCAUACCUCUCACCAAUCUGCCAAAGCUAUAUAUUAAUGGCUGAGAGGGUGAAAGGAAAUAUGAAAGUCAGACAUCUGGAUGGUGGCAUCUUUGGGAAAAAUUAGCAAUAAGCUCCUGCAAUUGCAUGUUUGGAAAUAUUUAGCCAAAAGCCCUAAACCAUGGUCCUUUAUUACUCAUGAGUUUAAGACUUGCAGAGCAAUUCAUGAGCUGAAAAUGUUUGAUGCCUUGUAAAAAAUUCUUAUAGCUGAGAUAACCAUCUGUUCCAAUGUCCUUUCCCCCUUCUCCUAUAUAAACACCAUAAAGCUAUUGAAAUUUGCAAAUAGGACAAUUACAUUAAUAGUCGUUUUGGUGCUUUGUAGGAUGUAACUUUUAUUUUAGGACUCAGGAUUGCAUCUGCAUUCAGAAAUAAAAAGGUAGUACCAAGAGAUUUUGUCAGAUAGCUUCAUUAUACUAACAAUUAUAUUCAGUAGUAAUAGUAGUAUGAAUCUCACUAAUGCAACUCAAGAAGGGUAAGCUUUGUCUAGCCCUGAGCCUGAAUGCAGAGGACUGUGUUGCUACUCUCUGGCCAAGUUUUUAAGGAGGUACCAUUCUGGAUUUUUGCUUCCCCAGUUGCAUGGGGUUUAAAAAUAUAAUCCUGUCAGCAUCCACAGAGUCUUCCUUUUCCAUUCAAACUCCUGGGGGGGGGGGGGGGUUGAGGGAAGCCUUUUUAUCUUUGUUUUAAUCUUAGGUCAUCUUAAAAGUGUCCUCAAGUGUUCACCAAUAACUCACUGUCUACAUAACCAUUUGAAUUGCCUUCCCCAUUGUGACUUGGCUUGUGGUACUGAUAUGUCUAACACCCAGUUAUUCUGUGGCAGACAGUACAGGGCUGGCAAAGAAACAAUCAGUCCAGUAAAUCAAUUUCUGGUUAUUGCUGACAUAACCACUACUACCUGCUUUUAGUCCUACAUGAUGACAAAAUAGCAAAUAUUUGUUUGUUGAGCUGGUUUAAAUUUUUGGCUUUGCAGAUGCAUGCAGCUUUCUAUACCUGCCUCUCUGGUGUAUGAACAAAAAGUGUGUUUCCCACCCCACUAUCUUAUCAAAGAACAUUGUGGAGAAAAGCAGGUUUCUUAAACUGUAAGGAAUCAUUUGAGUGACAUUUGAGGAAUAAAAAGGAAUCUGUGGCCAUAAAUGACCCAAAUAUGUUAUUAUCUAAGCAUGCAUUCCCAUUGCUAAUGUGUUGUGAAACAUAACUUCAUAAGAAACAGUUAUUUCAAACCACAAUAAAAAUAUUCUGUUUUGAAGCUUUUACUAAUCUUCCAUAAUUCUAUCCUAAAACAGUUGCCCAAAUGAAAUAGUGGCAGUUAUCUAUGGAGUAGUUAGCAUUCUUCCUGAAAAAUGAUCAGUUCUUUAGCUGCAAAAAGCAGCAUUUGAGGUGGGGGCGGUAGUGAAGAAUUGGAAACAGAGAUAACAUGGAGAGAAGCUUAUAUUUUGCCCCUCCUUUCUGCUUCCAAACAUGCUCCCAAGUUGUUUUUCUCCUUGCAGGGUUUCAAUAUAGAGAGAAAAAAUAGCUACAGAACUGCAUCAGUUGUCACAAAGAAAUGUACUCCCAAAGGACUUUCAGGUCCCACUUACACCUAUUAAAGUUAGGAAACACAGAGUUUGGUUGUUGUGAGUAUGUGUGCUUGUUUGCGUGUUUAUGUAAGCAUAUAGUUCUACCUGAACUUUUUAUGUUUCAAUUGAGUUUUCAAACAUUUUAGCAUACAUUUAUCUCUUUUGAAGGUGGCAAAACCUUCAUCUGGACAAAAUUGCACUUCAAUUCUGAGAUUUAAAAAGUUCAGUUUGUAGGCAGUCUCCCCAUUUGUAUCACUCAUAUCUUCUGGCAAAACUGUUCUACUUUAUUUAUUUCGUGUCAAAAGCAUUGCAUAACAAAUACAUUGUAAAAUGAUGAAAAAAAGGAAAUCACAAGCAACUAAAUAGUUUUAGACCAAAAGCAGGCAACAGCAACCGCAUUGUCCGUAACUUUAAACAACUCCUCCUCCGUACAUGAGGCAGGACAUUGUGGGCAAGCAUACAUAUGCUGAGUUGUUUGUUCUGCUCCACAGUCACACAAGGUGGAGGAUUCCUCCAGGUAGUGCACCUUGCCAAGUUGUCUUUAGAUCUGCCCACUCCACUUCUGAGUCUGUUUAGGGACUUCCAAGUUGCCCAUUCUUGGUUUGUCCCUGGAGGAGGAUCCUCAUGGGGGGGGGGGGGGUCAUCCAGUUGAAAUUGCCAGGUUUAGCUGCCCAGAGGGACACCCUUGCUGUUGCUGGAGGAGAAUCAAGAGGAGUGGUGGGUAUUCUGCAUGUUUUGUUUAGUGCUAUGUCCACCUGCUUCUCAUGGGCAGACUUUUGCCAGACAGGACAAGCGUACUCAGCAGUUGAGUAAGACAAGACUAGGGCUGAUGUUCUUAUUACUUGUGGGUCUGCACCCCAUGCACUGCCAGUCAGUUUCUGCAGGAUGUUGUUGCAUGUAGCUACUUUGUGCUUGGUGUUCAUGCAGUGUUUCCUAUAUGUUAGUGUUCGAUCUAAGGUGACACCAAGAUAUUUAGGAUGGAAACAGUGUUCGAGCUCUUGGCCUUCCCAAGUAACUUUCAGUUUCCUGUUGGCUUCACAGUUACGUAGGUGGAAAGCACACACUUGUGUCUUGGACGGGUUAGGCUUCAGGUGGUUCUCUUUGUAGUAGCUGGAGAGAUCUUUCAAGGCAUUAGUGAGUUGCUUUUCAACUGUUUCAAAAAAUUUUGCUUGUGUUGUAAGGCCAAGGUCAUCAGUAUAUAUAAAGCUCUUUGUGAGUGGUGGUAGUGGCUGAUUGUUCGUGAAGAUAGGUCGGUGCAAGAUAAGGUCGGUGCAAGAACGCUGCCUUGGGGUAAACCAUUCUUUUGCCUCCUCCAUCUGCUUUUCUGGCCCUGAAACUCCACAUAGAAGCUGCGGUUUUCUAGGAGGGUCUGGACAGUUUUUGUAAAGUCAAAGUUUACUUUGUUCUACUGUUUAAUCUGUUCUACUGACAAGAAGGGAUUUUUUAAUCUUCUGUUUUCUUAUCUGUCAUAGUAGAAUCUUUAUUUUUUCAUAGUCUAAUAGAGAAUAUUCUGCAAUAUUAAUCAACUUUAAUGUGCAAAAAUGGAGUGUAAUUUUUGUUUGUAAAUUUC